AUGUCCCACGAGUCGGAAAAGUCGCUCGAUAGACCCGCCGAGCGCGCGCCGGACCGCCCAUUGAGCAGCUCGCCGAGCGCCAUGUUUGUCAUGGACCACCACCGGCGCUCCAGCGGGCAGUUUUCGCGCAUGGCCUUCAACAUCUACGGCCUGUCCACCAACACAAGCCCGAACCCGUCCUCGUCGUCGGUGAGCCACGCGGUGCCGGCCUCGUCGCUCUCGAUCCUGCCGUCGUCGGCGUCGGUGUCGAAACACCACGCCGAGUCCAACAAAACGCGGCUGCACACCGUCAACGAGAUCCUCGCGUGCGCCAAGUCCAACGAAACACCCAACCUGUUUGUGGUCGGCGGGCCCAAGGCGCUGCAGCUCGUGAAAGUCGCCGCAAGCGAGAUCAGCGUCGAGUACGACCUCGUCGCGCCCAACGCCGGCUCCCGCAGCAACAAGUACGGCCUCGUCGCCGACGCAAAGUUCGGCUACCAGCAGUACGGCAGAAACAUCGCCAUCUCGACGCUGUCGGGCUCUAUUCACGUCUACAACCUCGACCGCGGCACGCGCGUGCGGUCCACGUUCAGCGACCACCAGCGCGCGGUCAACUCGAUCGACUUCAACCCGCUCAGCCCGCACACGCUGCUGUCCGGGUCGCAGGACGGCAAGAUGAAGAUCUGGGACCUGCGCACGAAAAACACCAAGGCCCAGCUCACAAUCCGCGGCAACUCCGACGCCGUGCGCUGCGUCCAGUUCAGCCCGCGCACAGCACGCAAUUUCUGCAGCAUUGCCGACUCCGGCGUGAUCCAGAAAUGGGACCUGCGCAAACCGUCCGCGUUCGAGCGCAAACUCAACGCGCACACGGGGCCCGGGCUCACGCUCGACUGGCACCCGGAACUCGACUACCUCAUCAGCGGCGGCCGCGACAAACAGCUGCAGGUCUGGAACAUGGGCCCCGGCAGCGACCACCAGCGUGAGCCGGAUCACGUGAUCAACACGGCGGGCGCGGUCUCGAAAGCGAGCUGGUGUCGCGGGCGGGGCAACGGCUCCGUGCUGACGACCGACGUGGCGACGUGCUUCCUGAACGACGACCCGUGCAUCCAGAUCUGGAGCCUGGCGCGCAAGCACGUGCCGAAGAACGUGAUCGAGCUGCACACAAACCAGGUGACCGGACUCGUGUGGAAAACGCCCAGGUACCUGGUGAGCGCGUCCAAGGACAAGACGCUGGUGCAGCACGACGUGAGCACGGAGCCGCGGCUUGUCGACACGCUGCCGACGAUGGCCGCCGCGUGGGACAGCCAGGCGGGAGCACGGCUGACGUUUGUGAGCCAGGACCGCAACCAGUUUGAGGAGACGGAGGAGCUAGUGCCCAGCGAGCCGUACCACCCGACAUCGCCCAAUCUCGUGGCCAAAGCGCGACCGGCGCUGCCACGACAGCCGUCGCAGUUCCAGCGGGCAGUGCGGUCUCCGUACGCUCUGCAGGCGGACAUUCCGAUCCCCGACAACGACACCGACGUUUUCAGGUUUCUGAGCUCCAACUAUCUCGUGCAAGUCCCCGACGGCAUGGAUCUGCUGCAAGUUUGCGACUACAACGCGUCGGUAGCCGCUGCGGCAGGCAGAUACCGCGACUGCCAGGUGUGGAAGACGAUCGAGGGCAGUAUUCUGUGGGAAGAAAACGACAAGGUGGUCCAGGGGCUGCAGGAGUUCCAUCUGGAGGAGCGCGACGGGGCUGUGCGGACGGAGAGCCGGUCGAGCCUGAACAACAGCGACCAUCUGAGCACGUCUGUGGACUCGUAUGACGGGGGGUUGAAUCGGGACGGCCGGUUUGGGCUCACUGCCAACGCAAACGAGAACGAGAACGCAAUCGUGGACGACGACGACGAGUGCUCGGGUCACGUGACACGGGCGAUCGAGAUCAAGCGCGCGUCGGACUCGCUGGCGCGCCACACGUUCUCGUUCACCGGCACGAGCGUCGACCUCGACAACGAGAAACUGCAGCUGUCGGGCUCGCCGCACUCAAAGUACAGGUCCAAGAAGCUGUCGAUGACGCAGAUGGCGUCGCUGAGCUCGUCGCCCGCCAAGAGCCUCCGGCUGCUACCAAAAGAGGUGCCGGUGUCGAAAGAGCCCGCGACGCCGUGGAACCCGGUCGACCUCGUGCGCCAGGCCGCCGUGUACAGCAGCACGCAGGGCGACACGACCAUGUGCGCAACGCUGGCGUUGCUGUUUGGAAAAAGAUACCCCCAGGCGCUGUCGGAAUUGGAGUGCCAGGACUGGAUCCUCACUUACCACGACUUGCUGCAACGGCGGUGUCUUUUUGCUGUGAGCGCCAAUGUCCUCAAGACGGCGGCCAUGCAGUACGAGCUGUUCACCAAGAUCGGCCAGUCGCAGACGUCGUUCCGGCUGUUCUGCCAGCACUGCAACACGCCGAUUCUCAACGAGCACAGCAAAAACAUGUGGCUCCAGGACCCGGAGAUCGAGUUUGGGUUCUGGUACUGCGACCGGUGCGGCAAAACGCAGGGCGGAUGUAUCUAUUGCAACGAGCCCGCCAAGGGCGCGUGUGUUGUUCUGGAACGGUGCGGCCACAAGGGCCACUUUGGAUGCUUGCGCACCUGGUUUGUCGACAACAUGGAGGACUGCUGUCCCGGCUGCGGCACCGAGUGUGUCAGAUAG